CCAUCUCUGUCCUGUGCACCAUGAAGAGUUUAGCCAUCGUGGUGCUGCUGUCGUCAGCGGCGCUGCUCUGCAGCUCUGCUCCAGUGUUGGAGGCGGUAACAUGCACUGAAGAUAGUGGUGCUCCGGCAGCACGUCUGGCAAUGCAUCACAUCAACGAACAACAUAACCAUGGCUACAAGUUCCGGCUCAGUCAGAUCCAGGGCAACAAAGUGGAAAAGGUUGGUGAAGGCUGUAACAUCGAGUUACAGCUGAACCUCCAGGAGACAGUGUGCCACGUUGUCAACCCCAAACACUUUGAGGACUGUGAGCUCCGUAGAGAGACUGACCAGGCGGUCAUGGCCAACUGCACCGUGACGAUGACUGUAGAAAAUGGUGAAGCCAAAAUCACCAAGUACAGGUGUGACACACGAAAAGUAAAAACUAACGCAGAGUUGACUGCGAUCUGCCCCGACUGCCCCACACUGAUUCCACUCAACAGCACCGAGGGUGUCGACUCUGUCAAGGCAGCUGUGGCUAAGUUCAACGAGAACACCACCAACGAGAACUACUACAUCCUGCUGGAAGUGGGACGGAUAAGAUCUGGGUUCUCGAUGGCAUCAGGAGGGAUGGAAUACUACGCUGAGUUUGCUCUUGUGGAGACUCAGUGCCCACAGGCAUCCAGAAUCAACCCAGAGGCAUGCAGACCCCUCUGCUCUGACAGCGCUGAUCAUGCUUUCUGCACUUCAACUUCCAGUACAAAAGGACUCGAGUCUAUUGAAUGUGAAUACUAUCCCCCAUUGAACACUACUGCCCCUGGCCCUGAUGAUCGGGGGCGCAGAUGUAGACAUCAUCAUCAUCAUCACGAGCACCAUCAUCAUGGACCACCACCCCAUGCUCACGAUCAUGGUCACGGGCCUCCUCCCCAUGCAGGCCGUGGAGGACCUCCACCACACGCUCAUGAUCACGGUCAGGGGCCUCCUCCCCAUGCAGGCCGUGGAGGACCUCCACCACACGCUCAUGAUCACGGUCACGGGCCUCCUCCCCAUGCAGGCCCUGGAGGACCUCCAUCCCAAGCUCAUGAUCACGGCCACGGGCCUCCUCCCCAUGCAGGCCGUGGAGGACCCCCACCAAACGGUCAUGAUCACGGUCACGGGCAUCCUCCCCAUACAGGCCGUGGAAGAUUCUCUCGAGCCUUCCGUCCCUGCCAUGGAUUCAUCACCAAUCCUGACCCAGCUCUCCACCCUAUUUGCCCCUGGCCUCUUCCCGACCCCCGAAACAACCCGAAACCGAGCCAGUCCUGAGAUGUGCACACAACGUCAAUUCAAAGGAACCGUGACUGUUUGUUACUGUUCAAAAGCCCUCACUAACCGUCUCUAACAUAUGUAAGAAAUGCCUCAGUCCUUACAACAUAUUACAGAACAUGUAAAAUAAACUGUCAAGGUGUC